AUGAUUGUCUUUUCAAGUUCAACAGGCUGUCCUGCCAAGCCUGCCAAUGCCGGCGCGAGAGGUGAUCCGAUCAUUGGGUCUCUCACCUUUCAAAAUCUCAUUACUAUCAUCUGCUGGGCCUUUUUUGGGGUUUCUCUGCUCCUAUGGCUAGGCCUGGUUGUUCCUCACUUGCGCCAUUACAAAGCGCCUAACGAGCAACGCCAAAUCUUUCGGAUUGUCUCUACACCUCUGGUAUUUGCAGUCAUUGCCGUCAUCUCGACCCAUGUCUACGACGCCGCCGACUACCUUUCACCCUGGGCGAACCUUUACGAAGCCUACGCUCUGGCAUCUCUCUUCCUCCUCUACGUGCAAUAUGUGACACCUGACCUGCAGACGAGAGAUUCCUUCUUCCAGAAUCUUGCACAAGUCUCCAGGAAAGGAGAGGUCAUCGCUGGGGGCAGCAUUCAGUGGUUUUGGAAGACAUGGAGGACUGUCUUCUUCUAUGUCGUCAUCUACACAGCUCUCAUCAUCAUUCAGGAAAUCACCAAGGCAACUGGCGUCUACUGCAGCACUUCUUCUCAUCUGAGGUUUGCUCACGUCUGGAUUCAAAUCUUGGAGCUCAUCACAACCAUCUGGGCUGUUCUGGCGGUAGUGAAAUUCCAGCGCAGGCUCAAAGUAUAUAUGGCUGGACAUAAUGCUUUUUCCAAGCUGCUUGUAUUCAAGCUCUUUGUCCUCAUCAGCGCUUUACAGCAUUUCGUCUUCAGCAUCCUCAAAUCCAGAAUGACAGGCAACUCGCACGUCACAUAUGAUGAUCUCACCAUCGGCUUACCAGCUUUGCUCAUCUGCGUCGAGGGCGUUAUCUUCAUGGUUGGAUUCUACUUUACUUUCAAUGCGAGGGAGUACAGAUCCUGCGUGGAAGGGAAGCCGAAGACUUACCGCCCAGUGCAGGCACUUGUCGACGCACUGAAUCCGAUGGAUUUGAUGCGCGGGGUCUUCCAAGCGUUCGGAUCCUUCAGAGGGCGGAAGUGA